AAAUUUUGACCUAGUUCCCCAGUGAAGUGAGACAGUGAAUUAUCGUUCAGUAACUGAUGAUGCGAUCCCGCUUAACCAACGCGCCGGCGCGCCUCUUUUCUACGGCAGUCGUUUCGGCGCCGAAGCCAGCUGCUACCAGACCUUCCUCGGACAAAGGCGGCGGCGGCGGCAGCGGCAGAGAUACGCUAGGUCGCCGUCUGCUUAGUCUGACUUAUGCUAAACGCAGUGCUGUCAUUACGAUUAAUAAAUGGAAGGAAGAAGGUCACACCGUCCGAAAGUACGAGCUCAAUCGCAUCGUUAAAGAGCUAAGGAAGUUCAAACGCUAUAAGCACGCUCUCGAGAUAUGUGAGUGGAUGAAGGUUCAAGAAGAUAUUGUGCUUCAACAAGGAGAUUAUGCAGUUCAUCUUGACUUAAUUUCAAAAGUGCGUGGUAUGAGCAGUGCUGAAAAGUUCUUUGAAGAUCUUCCUGAUAAGAAUAAAAACAGACAUGCUUGCACCUCCCUUCUCCACACUUAUGUCCAGAACAAUGAAUCUUCCAAAGCUGAAGCUCUUAUGCAAAAGAUGUCAGAAUGUGGUUUCUUGAUUAAUACUCUUCCAUACAACACCAUGCUUUCCUUCUACAUCUCAAAUGGUCAACUAGACAAGGUUCCUCAAUUGAUCCAGGACUUAAAGAUGAAUACUUCACCAGAUAUAUUCACUUACAAUCUCAUACUAACCGCAUGUCUACCACAACGUGAUGUCGAGACUGCAGAGAAGACCUUACUCGAGAUUCAGAAAGCAGAAAUCGAGCCAGAUUGGGUAACCUACAGCACUUUAACAAGCUUGUAUAUUAAGAACUCGCUUCCUGAAAAGGCAGCAGCUACGGUGAAGGAAAUGGAGAAGAGGAUUGCUCGUAAAAAUCGACCAGCUUACUCUUCUCUCAUUGGUUUGCAUGCCAAGCUUGGAAACUUGGAUGAGAUUUCUCGAAUAUGGGAAAAGAUGAAGUCGAGCUUUGUGAAAAUGAGCGACACUGAGUAUGCUUGCAUGAUAUCGUCGCUUCUGAAGCACGAGAAAUCUGAAGAGGCAAUGAAUCUAUAUGAGGAAUGGAAAUCUGUUUCCACCUCUGGAAACCCUAGGAUUCCAAAUCUGUUCCUUGCAGAUUAUAUAAAAAGGGAUCAGAUGGAAGAGGCAGAAAAUUUCUACAAUAAAAUGGUUGAAAGUGAUAUUAAACCUUGCUAUACUACAUGGGAGAUUCUUACAUGGGGAUACCUAAAGCAAAAGAAAUCAGACAAAGUUCUAGAAUGUUUUAAGAAAGCUCUAGGCAGUGUUAAAAAGUGGAUACCUGAAGGAAGGAUUACGAAAGAAGUAUUCAGGAACCUCGAAGAGGAAGGGGAUAUUGAAGCAGCUGAACAAUUGUUGGUUACUAUUGGUAAAGCGGGUCACUUGAGUACUGAAAUAUAUAACUCACUUUUGCGUACUUAUGCCAGUGCCAAUAAAAUGCCACUAAUUAUCGCGGAGCGCAUGGAAAAGGAUAAAAUUGAGAUGAACGACGAAACCAAGAAACUUAUUGAAUUAACCAGUAAAAUGUGCGUAAGCGAAGUUCCUACGUGUAUUUCUUAAAUCAUCUAUAUGGCAUAUCGGGUUUCUGGAGGUGAUUUGGCAGAAUACUUUGACGAUCCAAUCUGUAAGUACAGUUUUGGUUCGUUUUGUUAUUUAUUUUGCGCAUCCUCCAUUCAUUGAAUGGAUCCUCUUUAGUUUAUUUUGGAUUUAGCUUUGCAUGUUAUUGCUACUAUAGAUGUUUUUGGUGGCUGCUGCAAUUUAUGGAUUUCCUAGUUCCUACAUUCUAAGUUGUACUACUACUUGACAAGAGAAUAGAUAAAGGAUUGCUUUUCAUA